AUUUUUAAAGAAAAAAUUUUCUGUUCGCCGCGUUGGUCUUUUACUGCCACCAAAACACUGAAGCAAAGACUUCAGUCUCGCCAUUCAAAGUAUGCUUUAUAUUUUUGCCAAAUAUGAUCUCUAAUUGAAAGUUUAUUUUUGGUUUUGGAUGAAUCUGUGGAACUUAUGUUGUAAGAAGAAAGGGGGAACGAGACACGAUGAAAGAGAAGUCCAAAAAUGCUGCCCGGACUAGGAGGGAGAAGGAAAACAGUGAAUUUUAUGAACUGGCUAAAUUACUGCCUUUACCCUCGGCUAUCACCUCGCAGCUGGACAAAGCAUCCAUAAUCAGGCUCACCACCAGCUAUCUCAAAAUGAGAGUAGUGUUCCCAGAAGGGCUCGGCGAAGCGUGGGGCCACUCGAGCAGGACCAGCCCCCUGGACAACGUAGGCCGCGAACUGGGCUCCCACCUGCUCCAGACCUUGGAUGGCUUCAUCUUUGUGGUGGCCCCAGAUGGGAAGAUCAUGUACAUCUCGGAGACAGCCUCAGUCCACCUGGGUCUUUCUCAGGUAGAGCUGACCGGGAACAGCAUUUACGAAUACAUCCACCCUGCGGACCACGACGAGAUGACGGCGGUGCUCACUGCCCACCAGCCCUACCACUCUCACUUCGUCCAGGAGUACGAGAUCGAGCGCUCCUUCUUCCUGAGGAUGAAGUGCGUCUUGGCCAAGAGGAACGCGGGCCUCACCUGCGGCGGCUACAAGGUCAUUCACUGCAGCGGCUACCUGAAGAUCCGCCAGUACAGCCUGGACAUGUCCCCCUUCGACGGCUGCUACCAGAACGUGGGCCUGGUGGCCGUGGGCCACUCGCUGCCUCCCAGCGCCGUCACGGAGAUCAAGCUGCACAGCAACAUGUUCAUGUUCCGCGCCAGCCUGGACAUGAAGCUCAUCUUCCUGGACUCCAGAGUGGCGGAGCUGACGGGGUACGAGCCUCAGGACCUGAUUGAGAAGACCCUGUACCACCACGUGCACGGCUGCGACACCUUCCACCUGCGCUGCGCCCACCACCUGCUGCUGGUAAAGGGGCAGGUGACCACCAAAUACUACCGGUUCCUGGCGAAGCACGGCGGCUGGGUGUGGGUGCAGAGCUAUGCGACCAUCGUGCACAACAGCCGCUCGUCCAGGCCGCACUGUAUCGUCAGCGUCAACUAUGUCCUCACAGACACGGAAUACAAAGGGCUGCAGCUCUCCCUGGAUCAGAUCUCAGCCUCCAAACCAGCCUUCUCCUAUGCAGGCAGCUCCACUCCUGCCAUGACUGACAGCAGAAAGGGGGCCAAGUCCAGGCUCUCCAGCUCAAAGUCAAAGUCCAGGACUUCCCCAUACCCUCAGUACUCGGGAUUUCCCGCGGAAAGAUCUGAAUCUGAUCACGACAGCCAGUGGGGCGGGAGUCCUCUGACAGAUGCGGCCUCCCCGCAGCUGCUGGACCCCGCGGACCGGCCGGGCUCUCAGCACGACGCGUCGUGCGCCUACAGGCAGUUCUCGGAACGCGGCUCUCUCUGCUACGGCUUCGCGCUCGACCCCUCCAGGCUGGUGGAGGAGAGGCAUUUCCACACCCAGGCCUGCGAGGGCGGCCGGUGUGAGGCAGGCAGGUACUUCCUGGGAGCGCCGCAGGCGGGGAGGGAGCCCUGGUGGGGCUCUCGCGCAGCCUUGCCCCUGACCAAGGCCUCCCCGGAAAGCAGAGAAGCCUAUGAGAGCAGCAUGCCUCACAUCGCCUCGGUCCACAGGAUCCACGGGCGAGGUCAUUGGGAUGAAGACAGUGUGGUCAGUUCUCCAGACCCUGGGUCUGCCAGCGAAUCAGGUGACCGAUAUCGCACUGAGCAGUAUCAAAGUAGCCCACAUGAACCUAGCAAAAUCGAAACUCUGAUCAGAGCCACCCAGCAAAUGAUUAAAGAAGAAGAGAACAGGUUGCAGCUGAGGAAAGCCCCCCCAGACCAACUGGCUUCCAUUAAUGGAGCUGGGAAAAAACACUCCUUCUGUUUUGCAAACUACCAGCAGCCCCCAACGACAGGCGAAGUCUGCCACAGCUCCGCUCUUGCCAACACUUCACCGUGUGACCACAUCCAGCAGAGAGAGGGAAAGAUGCUGAGCCCCCGCGAAAAUGACUACGACAACAGUCCCACAGCACUGUCGCGGAUAAGUAGUCCCAAUUCAGAUCGCAUUUCCAAAUCCAGUUUGAUCCUAGCUAAAGACUAUCUACAUUCGGAUAUGUCUCCUCAUCAGACGGCAGGAGACCACCCUGCUGUCUCUCCAAACUGCUUUGGCUCUCACCGGCAGUAUUUUGAUAAGCAUGCUUACACGUUAACUGGAUAUGCCCUGGAGCACUUAUAUGAUAGCGAAACUAUUAGAAACUAUUCCUUGGGCUGUAAUGGCUCACACUUUGAUGUAACUUCCCAUCUAAGGAUGCAGCCGGAUCCAGCACAAGGACACAAGGGAACAUCUGUUAUAAUAACCAAUGGAAGCUGAUGUUUUUUCUAAAAGAUUUUGUUCUUUAAGGAUCUCUGAAACAUAUUUAUCAUUUAAUGCCCCAUUACCAGCAUUUACAAUGCCACAGAUUGUUAGAGUGGAUAAUUUAGGUUACUGGGUAUUUGACAUGUGUUCUUGUGAAAUCAAAGAUAACAGCACUGGCAUUCAGGGUUAUACACAGGUAAUGGAGCUAAAGUGAAUACACAAAUUGCCCCUCUAUUUAUAUGGGAACCAGGAUAGAUAAAUUUUGAAUUGAAAAAUACUUGUGUAGAUUAAGUGAGCAUAUAUAUCACAUGAAGGGACCGAUGGAUGACAACAAUCAUUAUGAUGAUCCAGUGAACUUCAUACACACAGACCACUAUCCGCAAACUGCUAUAUGUACUUUACAUAUGGAAAUAUAGACUAUAUACCAUAAAUAUACCCCAAGUGGGUAAGUUUCCUUAACCCUAGCACAUUAAGCAUCUUAAAGAAAUUUCCAUUCCCAAAAUAACUGAGAAAGAGAUAUAUCUUGUAAACUGGUUUCUUCUUUGUGGUUUCAACCAUCCAGCUCAUUUCGUUCAGGCAUAAAUUAGGGAAAUGGUUCUGGAUAUGAUACAAGAAUGAGUUUUCACCUGGCAUCCAUUAUAAGCAAUCAGGAAGUGGUGAUUUUUCACCUUACUUUUGAGUUAGACAAAGAACAGGAUCACACUGACAUAGCGGUAAGGGUUUCUCUAAGUAAAAACACUGAGAUAUUGGGACACACAUCAAAAGCCUGGUGUGCCCAACUGGAAAUAGAUUAGUAGAGAUGGAAAGGCCAGAGGCAGAGAAAAAUGAAAUGAUAUCUCAAAACAAACAAUUUCAGGGUCAGCAUAUGUAAUCAACAUAUUUGGGGCUUGUAAAACUAACCAAAAAAAAAUUCAAACUAAUUCACCAAGAAAAAAAGGCUGAUAAGUGC